GUCUGGGCCGUGUGCGCCCAAGUCCAAGGGCACCCGUCCGCCGCGGGCCCCAGGGUGGCGAGUUUGGGCCGAGCCCAGGGAGUGGGAGAAGGAGCGAGUCUGAUUCAGGAAGUCGAGCCUCUGACAUCAGGGGCAGGACGGAGUUGGAGUGAAACCUCAAAAAUGGGAGGCGCCGGCCAGCGGGAGGGCAGGGAACAUAGAGGGCGCCUUUCUCGCAGCCGGAGGCAGGUACGCACAGCGCGGGGCGGCCCCCGCUGACCCUCCACCUGGGCCUGGCCCGCGCGGGACCCACAGCGGCUUCCAAGGAGACACCAGGACCUCGCCCCUGCGCCCGAUCCCUGGUGCACUGGCAGCACCCGGCGGACCCCCGAGCGACCACGCCUGCAGGAAGCCCUCCAGUGGACUCAAGGAUUUCCCCCAUUUUGGAGAUGAAGAAGCUGAGGCCCAAAGCAACUGAAUGACCUUCCCAAGGACGCAUACUGAGUAAGUCACGGUUAUUUAUCAAAACUGUGAAAAAAAAAAAUCUACAUUCAACGUUAGGGAUACAGAUGUAAACGCAUACAGACAGAAAGUGAAGGUUCAUUCUCCAGCAACAUCAACUCUGUACUACCCGCCCUCUGGACGGAGCCUGUGACCCGAAGUCUGAUGAACCUGAAAUAUUCCACACUGUGCAUUCCGCAGGGGUCUUGUCUGUUCUUCACAACAAUCUUGAGAGAUAUCUGAGAUGGCUAAUAGCCUCACUUCUCAGAUGAGAAAAGGGCUCAGAAAGCUUAACUGAUUUGCCCAAGGUCAGAGGCUUGGAGGACAACUGAACCGGGACUAGAACUGGGUCCUCAUAAUAUUCUUUCCACUGCACCCCUCCGCCAGCAUUUUGCAUUCUGCUUGGGACAUUAUGAUAUGUAUUAAUUCCUCUUGCAAACAUCCCGCAUCCUUAUUAUUUGUCUAAUUAGCCAGAGACCAGGAUCAAUCCAUUAAACUGGAGGUGACAACUGGAAGGUGCUAUCCGUGGCAUGCCCAAACCCAAAGCUGGUAGAGGAAUAAGUUACAAGUGGGCAAUUCUGCAGCCUGUCACGCCCAGGCCUUGCUGGUGAGCUGAGAGGCUCCUCUGGUCCCGUCUAGCCAAGCACCAUGGAGAAAAUCAGCGCCUUCUUUAGCGCCAUCUGGGACACCAUCUCGGCCAAACACCAAGAGGGCCUCUUCAACAGCAUCUGCCUGGGCAUCCUGCUGGGGCUGCCCCUACUGGUGAUCAUCACCCUCCUCUUCAUCUGUUGCCAUUGCUGCUGGAGCCGGGCAGGCAAAAGUGGCCAACAGCCAGAGCGAAACAAGGGGAAGAAGAAGAAGAAAAAGAAGAAGGCUGAAGAAGACCUCUGGAUCUCCGCUCAGCCCAAGCUUCUCCAGAUGGAAAAGAGGCCAUCACUGCCCGUCUAGUUAGACAGGAGGCAGAAGUGUCCUCCCCUGGGGGCUCAGCUGCCUUCCAACCACACACAGGGUAGGAAGCAGAAAUCCCUGAAGUGAUGCACUCACGUCCACAGAGGAGCUGCUCAACCAAGGAGCAAACCUCAGACUGAGUAUCCCCAUGGAGGGCAUUCCCGGGGAACACGUGGA